CUCUGCAGAAACCCUUAAAGUGACUUAAAAUGUUCUGUAUAGUGAGUAGAAUUUCUGGUUUCCAUAGUUAUGCGUCUAUGCUUUUUACUAAACUUUGAUUAGUUUUGGUUGUUAUGCUGAUUCAACAAGAGAUACGUAUUUAAUAUUAGAUCGACAUGCAACUAUUAAACUUUUUAACUGAUCGCACAUUUUCUUUGAUUUAUAAGUCCAACUUAUUCUUUCUGAAUUUUUCAAAAUUUACUUUACCUUAAUCAUAAAAACACACGUGCUUAUGGCACGAAAAUCAAUAUGCACAUGCACUUUUCGAAUGUCGAACAUAAAAGCUGUAGAUUUGAACGACAGGUACUUAUUCCCAACAAACCAAAUUACAAUUACAUGCCAUUGCACGUGUUCCCAAAAAAGAAUAAAGUAACGCAAAUAAAAGGUAGUAUGGGCCCAGGCGUCAGAGCUGUAAAAAACCCAUAACCCAAUGCCAAUCAAUGUCGCUGGGAGCUGUUGUUGAUGGAUGACUAUUCUUAUGCAAAUAGCAGUUCGUUUCGCGUGCAAGAGUUCUACUAAUUCAAUCAAAGGAGCAGGAGCCAGGAGCAUUGAGCUCCUGCUCCAGGACUAGGCCACCAAGUCUUUUCUUGCCAAUAAAAAAUGCAAAUGCAUAGGAAAUGUUACAGGUGGGCUGGGAGUUGAACGAUUCCUGGGUCCCGAACCGGUUGAUCCAAACAACCAAUCAUUGUUUGGUCGAUGGGAAACGCAGCCGGUUCGUUUUCUGGUGGUUCGAACCCCGGUUAAUAUUCAAAUUAAAUCGAGGGGGAAUACGGCCAAUAUGCGGUGCAAGUGAACAUUCGAACGGGUAGUUGGCCCUGUCGUAGUUGUCGUAAAAUCACCAGUCCCAAAAAAACAUAGUCAAUUGUCAGUUGAAGACCAACAGUAGAACAACCACGGCAAGAGUAGCGGAAACGGACCGGGAAGCCAAGCAACUCAUUAUGGUGCAGAUAUCGCAGACAGAGGAGGACAUCAAGAUUUCCAUCGAGCUCAAUCGACUGGUCACUCGCAAGCCGGACGUUGUCCUUCUCCCGCAGUAUUUGAAGUUCAACAAUCCGCCCAUUUUCUUCGAGCGCCAUUUGGCCCAGGAGAUCGACGAAAUGGCCAGCUUCUGCCGUAUCUUUAAGAACGAGGCGCGCAUUGUACUGGUGAAGAAGGAGAAAGGCUUCUGGCCGGAGUUGUUUCAGAAGCUGGACAAGGAGGCCCUUAUGCAAAAGCGCCUAGAGAUCGCUGAUUUGAUCGUCGAGCGCAACAAGAAGCGGGAUGAAAAGGCACUCGAGCGUUACGAGAAUAAGCGGCGGGCGGAGGUUCAAAAGGAAAUUAAGCGGGAAACUGCCAUGCGGGAGAGACUGAAGCAGUUCCAGGAAAACUCUGUUCGGGAAGCCCUUGUGGUUGAUGUCCGCAAGGAGGCCAAUGCGACACCUAAGCCAGAUGUCCUGCAGUAUCCGCCAUCGUCAAUGGCCGCCAGUCGCCUGGCUACGCCUCUUUAUCGACCGCCCAUGAACUCUGUUCGCGGCAGCGGGCGAAUCACUGUGAGCUUCACCAACCCGCACAAGCGGACUACACCGAAGCGAGAGUCGCAGGACACCAUGGAGAAGACGUACGCCGCUGCAGGAGGACCGAAUGCAAACGAUCAAUCUCCUAUGGAGAGCCUUGAUGAAUAAACUCGAGAUGUACUAUACAGGAUCGUCGCUUGACGACUAGCUGUACGUGCGUAUGUUAGACUGUUCAAAGUGUUUCCUAUUUUCUUAGUCCAUCCAAUAAAUCAACAGGUGUUUGCAUAAA